ACCGUUGCAAUAAUCAAUAUUAUUUAAUUGAUUACCUUCAAUUAUACAUUCGCUUUCAAAAUAAAAUGGCGUAAAUUGAAUUACUUCUGGUUUACUUUUCAGCGAUAAGCAGGCCGCAGGUCACGAGCAUUGGAAGCACGUCUCUUAUGCUGUAACUAUUCGAAUGUGAAACAAAUUCAAUAGAACCAUAUACUCUCACAACAGAGAAUAAUGAUGGUGAGGAUGUUCGACGGGGAGAAUGAUCCAUUUACUCCGGUCGAAAUAUUCCAAGGAAGAUCCUUCGUCGAGAAUGGUCAACGUAAACAACGACCCAAUGAUCGAGGUAGACUAUAGCUCAGGUGGUACGGGAGUGGACGUUGGAUCCUUCGUUACGCAUCAGUACCAGGUUAGAUGGAUAGUCUCCUCCUCUGAGCUUUUCACGGUCCUAGUAUAUAAACUAAUUCCGGUUUGGCAUGAAUGUCAGUUAAAAUAUUAUUGGCCAACAAGUCGGUUGCGAUCGUGAGAUACGAGCAGUUUUCGUUUUUGGGAUAAAACGUGAUCGUAGAGUUUGUUGCAAAAAAAAAAAGAAGAACUUCAGAUGCUAGAAAGAUGUUACUGCCAUCCGUGCUGAUUUUACUGCCCGUUAUCGUCGCAGCGCAAGAAUCACAAUCAAUGAACACGCUGGAUCGAGAGAUACUACGAAAUGACGGUUCUAAAGACAUUUUAGAUUGGAUUGGUGGAAGCUUUCUAAAUGCCAUUGACGCAUUUUUUCCUGGUUCGAAAUUGUACGGUAAUAUAGAAGGUAUAUCGACAAUAAUAAACAUUUCUGAAAGUAAAAAAACAAAGACGAAGUUGAAUAAGUAUAUUAUACCUUUGAUCGUUGGAUUUAUACUAAUAAAAUCGAUUCUACUGCCUCUAACAUUGAAGGCAUUGGCUAUUCUAAGUGGAAAAGCCGUCGUGCUGAGUUUGAUGAGUUUGAUACUGGCAGCCAUAGUCGGAUUGAAAAAAGCCGCCCAGGAAGGCAACUACGAAGCGAACAAGUAUAGGCGACAGGAUACAUAUGAUUUCAUCGAUAAUAUACAAGAGUUUGAGCCUUAUAAAAUUUACAAAGAACGACGUAAAAAGAAGUGAAAAAAAAUUAAUAACAGUAUAAAAUUCUUUCUGUUAUAAUUGCUCAUUCUUAUUUUUAUA